AUGUCCUCUUCAUAUUCUUUAUCCAAACGCCUCCUUUAUGUUCCUAUCUUCACCAUUCAACUCCUCCUCGUACGCAGUGUUUCGUCCCUAAGCCUUACCAAUAACUAUCUAAACCACAAAUGCGUUGUCAGUGAAGGGAACUAUAAGCCUGGAGGUAAGUACGAGGAAAAUCUCAAUUUUCUCACUAAGUCCGUCUCUACCUAUAAAUUUCCAGACGGUUUCAUAGGCAUAUCGCGUGGCGAUGCUCCCGAUUCUGUCACCAUCAUAUUACAGUGCCGUGGCGAUUCCUACGAGUCCUAUUGCCGCUCCUGCGUUGCCACCGCCCUUACCGGGCUUCGAAGGAAAUGUCAGAGACACAAAGGGGGAAUAAUAUGGUACGACCAAUGUUUACUCAUCAUUACUUCGAUCAGUGAUGAAAAUUCAAGGAAGAUUGAUUACAAGAAUACUUUCUCUAUGCACAACCCAAAAAACGUGAACGAGGAUCCAGAGUCGUUCAACAAGAAGACAAUAAGUUUCCUCAAUGAGCUUGUGCUGAAAGCCAUUAAACCAGACGGCGUCAACCUUGUCUUUUAUGCUUCGGGGGAGAAGAAUCUUGGGACGAAGAAAUUAUAUGCAAUGGUGCAGUGUGCGAAAGACACCUUGCAAUGUCGAAAAUGUUUGGAAUGGAUCCUUAGGGAACUUCCCAAGUGCUGCAAUGGUAAACAAGGAGCGAGGUUUUUGAGUGCGAGUUGUAAUGUUAGAUAUGAGCUAUACCCUUUUCUUAGGACUUUAAAGACUCUUUGA